UGGUUGCAUUCGUACAUUCCGUACAUUCCUGUGGUGGAGAACUUUGUCAGUUCUGCCAAAACCUGACAUUAGUGAAAAGUUUGUUUAUGUAUUGUUGAAGGCAUCCACAGCAAUGGAACGCAGCAGGCGAUUGUCGAGCGAAAGCUCCACAGAUCCCGUCGUGCCAAUAAACUUUGCUACGGACAAGUACCCAUUUUGUAUCGUAUGGACUCCGAUUCCGGUUCUGACCUGGUUUUUCCCAUUCAUCGGCCACAUGGGUAUUGCCAUGUCCAAUGGAGUGAUACGUGACUUUGCCGGUCCAUAUUUCGUCUCGGAAGAUAACAUGGGAUUUGGUCGUCCAACCCGAUUCCUGCAACUAGACGCUCGUUUCGUUGAGGGAGGUGUGGUGGAGUGGGAUGAAUGCGUUUCCAAAGCAUCCGUGGUAUAUGGCACGAGAAUGCACAAUUUAUUCUGCGACAAUUGCCACUCGCAUGUAGGAAUGGCUCUCUCGUUGAUGAAAUACAAAGAAUACACCAAUUGGAAUAUGGUUGUAUUGGCAUUUUGGAUGUUUUUCGCAGGAAAAUAUGUUGGCUUGAAAGGCUUUCUGAAAACGUGGACACCGUUUGCAAUAGUGCUGGUUACCUGUACGCUUGUAGCAAUUUAUUUGAAGUAAACUGUGACAUAAUGAUAUUCGUUGAUGUCCCUAUAUUUAAGACUAUUCGUAGAACUUGAUGUAAUAUUUUUUAUUUAUUAAAUAGUCUGGAUCGACUCAUUCAAA